AUGUCCUCAGAACUUUCUUUACGCAACUACGUGUCGGCAUUCAAAAGACACAAAUUCGAUAAGAGUUUACGAAAUGAAAUAGCAAAAUAUACACUUACCAAUAAACGCGAUAAUUAUCAUGGAUUAUUAGCAAUUAUUGCUGACUGGACAAUUAUCAUCAUGGGUGCUACAAUAUCACAAUAUGUGCGCAACAAUAUCCAUUUGCCUUUCAUUUGGCCUAUUACAUAUGUUUUAGUCAUAUGUAUCAUUGGUGCACGACAGCGGGGUUUAGCACGCGGUUUACAUGAAGCAACGCACAAUUGUUUCGCCAGUAAUAAAUAUCUUAAUUUUUUUCUCGGUACAUUCUGUUCGGGUUAUGUAAUAUUUCAAAGUUUUCGCGGUUAUCAAAUAUCGCAUGUCAAAAAUCAUCAUCCAUAUCUUGGUACAGAUCGAGAUCCUGAUUAUCAAGGAUUAAAAGAAAAUGGGAUCUGCGGCAUUGAUAGAACGAGUGAAAAUGUUAAACGUUAUUUACGUAGUUUAUUUUUACCCAGUGCUUCGUUCAAGUAUUUACUAUAUUUAAUUAAGUAUCGAAUAUGGACAAAAGAUGAUGAUGACGGAGAAACAAUCGUGCGAGGUGUUUAUCUUACUAUGAUCGUAGCAGCUUUCAUCUAUAGUGGGAAUGCAUUAAUAUUGUUACUCUAUUGGAUUAUUCCUUACUUCACAGCUCAUAUGUGGAUUGGAUCAUUUAUUGAACUCAUGGAGCAUUACCCUCUGGUAAGAUGA